CAUUAUCAUUUCCCUAACUUCUAACUUCAUGAUUGUUGUUUAUGACAUUUGUUUGCGCUGAAGUUUGUCUCCUAUUAAAUAUAACUCUGCGGUUAUAAAAUCUAUCGAAAAAAAGUCAAAAGAAUUUUUUUUUCAAAUUUCAAAUUCCCUUGAGACUAAAAAAAUUCGAAAUCAAUCCAAAUCUAUUCAAUAAUAGUCAUAAUAGUGCUUUUUCGGAAACGAAAACGAAAACUAAAAUUUCGGAUACAAUAUAUAAAUUAUAAUGCCACUAUCUUUUUUACGACUAAAUUAUUCAAAAUUGUGUAAUUUAUUAGUGCGCGAAAGAAAAAUUAUUGCCCCAGGUCAUGUUUCUUUUGAUAUUUCGAAUUUCGGAGUAGGAGAAAGGGGAAUUUUAGGUUAGGUUGACCCUUUUUUUUGACGUAUUGUAUAUUUAUUUAUUAUUGCGAAAAAAAGGGAAUUUUAAAAAAGUGUUUUAAAUUGUAGAUUAAGGGGAAAAAGAUUAAAAAAACAAUGGGGUCGAUGAGUUUAAUUUGUCCAAUGUGUUGUGGAGAAACUUUCACGAGUUCACAAUCGUUGAAAUACCAUCUGCUUAGUAUGACGGAUAAUUUAUAUUGUCCAGGAUGCUCCGAAAGAUCGGAUUCUGUUUUGGCAUUGAUUGAACAUUUGGAUUAUUGUGGACAACCAGAUAGCGAGGCGAAAUUAAAUUUAAAGAGGAAAAAACACGAGAAGGACUGUCAACUUUUAUUGAAAGAAUUGCAAUCUGACGAAAACGACGAAAAGAAGCAAAAAAUCGAGCAAAAAACUAAAGAUGACAAAUCGCCAAAGGAAGUGACAACAGCCAAAAACGAAGAGAAAGACAAAGCGAAAAAAGUGACGAAAAUCCAAUCCACGUCGCAGGUGAAAUUGAAAAAAGUCGAAAAAGUCCUGGUGAAAAUCGAUAAUAAAUAUUUAAAGAAAAAACCCGAGAUGCAGGAUCCACUGAUGGAAUUAUCGAUUCCAAUUGAUGACGAUGGGGAAUUGGAUCAGAAAAUGAUGGAGAAACAUGUUAUCGCAAUAUUGCCGGACGGUUCGGAAAUAUUUAAUGACGAUGAGGACACGGUGAUUACAAUGGAUCAGAUUCAGGAGAUUGAUGAAGCGAAAUUAAUGAAAGUCAAGGAGGAAUUGAGUGAGGUAAAAAAUGAAAAGGUAUCAGAUUCACUCUACAAUUGCAGCAGCUGUUCAAUGAGUUUCAAUUCAGUGUUGGAUCACAUCAAAGAAUUUCACGACGGCCAGGAAGUUGUUUUGGAAAUGGCCGAUCAACAGUACGAGGAACUGACAACCCCAGUGAUACCAAUCGAAGCCGAAGAAUCGACGAAUUCGACGCAAAAGAGACGCGCCCGUCAGACGAUGAAUACCCUGAGGACUGAGGAGUGCAUCGACAGCGAGGGCAGACUCUACACGAGGAAAGUCGUUCAAAUCGAGAGAUUUUGGGAUCCACCGGCUCCAGCGCCCGCGCCUAAGUCUUCGAUGAUUGAAAAAUUCUUCUCCAACGCCGAAGGUGUCAAGGUGAGGGAAAAAGUCGGCAAUUCCUCAACGUCAACAACAUCGGGAACAACAACGACAACAACAGCAACAACAACGUCGAAUCGCAUCUACCGUUGUACGGAGUGUUUGGAGAAUUUUCCCAAACUCUCGGAAUUUCGCACUCACACUUGCUCGCAGGGGAACAAAAAUUGCGAGAUCUGCGACUUGUCGUUCGCCAAUUUGAAGGCAUUGCAAUUGCACAUGAAGGUGCACGAAAUGGACACCGAUGGCAAUCAACAGCGGACGUUUAUCUGCGGAAUUUGUGGCACUGAAUUCACGACGCACAAAAGUCUGCGACUGCAUUCGCGGAUGCACGCGCCCGUCAGAUCGCGGCACGUCGAGGCGCCCGAAGGCACCAAGGAUUCGACGUUCACUUGCUUCGAAUGCGGUAAAACGUUUUCGGAGUCGUAUCGAGUCGUGCACAUGGCGCUCCACAGCGGCGACUCGGCGACGUGUCCGAUUUGCAAUCGGAAAUUCGACUCGAUGGACAGUUUGACGAUGCACGCGGCAGUUCACGUGGAGGCGAAUAAUCCGCAGUCGCCGCCACCGUCCGGGGAAAUUGCGGCGACAACUUCGUCGUCGGCCAGCGAGACGGUCAGCACGAAUUCUUCGGUGACAAUUUCCGAGGCGGAGAGCAAGGAACAGGUGCAAAAGCCCUAUCAGUGUCAGCAUUGCGGAAGGAGAUUCACUCGUCCUCAUGAGAAAGUCAAACACGAGCGUAUACACACCGGCGAGAAACCUCAUGCAUGCGAGGUCUGUGGAAAAACAUUCCGUGUCUCGUACUGCCUGACACUUCACAUGCGAACGCACACUGGAGUUCGUCCCUACGCGUGUCAGCACUGCGGCAAAAGAUUCAAAGCCUCCUCCGUCUACAAUCAUCAUCUCCUCACUCACGGCGACGUGCGCGCCUACAAUUGUCCCUUCUGUCCGAAGACAUUCAAAACCCGCGUUCAACUCGCCGGCCACAAGAACAGUCACACCAAACCCUUUCACUGCACCGAAUGCUCGCGACCAUUCGCCUCGCUGUACGCGGUGCGCGCCCACAUCGAGACGCACAAGAAGGACAACAAUUUGAAAUUCAGCUGCUACAUUUGCGGCGCGUCGUACGGCAGAGCAUUCGCCCUCAAGGAUCAUUUGAAGCAGCACGGCGCGGACAUUCAACAGACGCCGGAGCCGGCGCGCGAGGAAGAGGUGCACGAGGGCGAGGAGGAGUACAUCCUCGCCGAGGAGACGGAAAUUGAUCCCGAGGAACUCGUCAUUCCGAGUCCAAUUCGAAAUUCAGCCGAGUCUGAUUGAAGAAAAUUAUACUAGUCCUUUUUUUCUCUUUAGAAAAAUAUUCUUUCUCCUCUUUUUUUUUGCUUUUUAGUUUCGAGAUUUUCUCCUCGUUCCGUUUUUGUUCCUUUUUUUCUGAAAUUUAAUUUC